AUGAAGAAUGGACUAACACUGAUAAUUAUUUUAAUCUUAAUUUAAAUAACUUAAUAGAAUUGUAUCAGAUAAUCAAAGAGUUUAAAUUAAUUAUUGAAGAGAAAUCAUUAGAAUGUUUUAUCAUAUUUAUAAGGAGCAUUGAUUUCAUCAAAAAAAAUUAAUUACUUUAACGAAGGGAAUUAUGGAGUUUGUUUAAGAGAUAGUAUUUAUAAAAUAAUGUCAAGUGGAAUACCCUAUACCUAAUGUGAAUUAGGGCAAUAUAUUUCUAUAUUACUUCUAUAAAAAUAUUUAUUGAAUACAUUAAAAAUUUUGUUUUGGGAUUAUGACUUUCUUAAUAAAUAAGAAGUCUAUAGAAUUUCCAGAUUAGUUUGUAGAUGA